AUGAGCGCUUUGAGAAUGCGCGAGGCCCGGGCGAGCAGGGUGGCGGUGGCCCAGCUGCUCUUGAUACUCUGCCUCCCUCCACAAACGGCCCCUGGUGACCCUUCCCGAUCGACCGCCUUCCUGUCGCCCACGAUGUUGCCCCGAGCCGCACGAAGAGCUACUAGCUCGAGCACAUCCUCUCUGGUGGCUGCUUCGACCCACCCCACCCUCCCCGUGUCCUCGUUUGCAGCGUCGAGCCCGUCGGGUUUGCGGUCAUCGGCCUGCCCGUAUAGGCGCACAUUACGCGCUGCACCAUCGCGGCCUGCCUUCGCUCCAGCAUCGGCCCGAUCCUUCUCCGGCCUCAGCUCGAGACAGAGCUCCACACUGUCCCCAUCGGUACUCUCUGCCUCGCCGACUGGUAGCUCAUCGACACGACCUGCCACCACGGGUUCGUCGGCUGCGAACUCGUCAUCGUCGUCGUCGUCGUCGUCGUCCCCUUCGGUUUCGGCGUCGUCAUCCUCCCCCUCCUCACCCGAUCGCCAGUCCUCCGCGCCUCAGAGUCAGCACCAGCACGACAAUGCCUCGCCCUCUAAUCCGCCACCACCGAAGCCUCCUCAGGAUGCCCCUGUCGGACUCGAGGAUUUUUUCGGUGGUAUGCUCGGUAAGCGGACCAAGGAUGCUGCCGCGGGCGGCACCGCGAUCCCGGCCGCACCCAAGGACCCGCUCAAGGACUUUCUCAGCAAGGUCACACCCAAGACCGGUGGGCCAGGCGGUAACGGCAAUAACAACAACAAGAACAACGGCGACCCCACACCCCCGGGCAAUCCGUCCUCGACCGGCAUCCUCGCCACCACCUUGGCUUUUUACCUCAUCUACCGCCUCACCUCGUCCUACGACCCGGCCAGCCGCGAGAUCACCUGGCAAGAGUUCAACUCGGCCUUCCUCUCUAAGGGACUUGUUGAAAAACUCACCGUCAUCAACCGAGCCAAGGUGCGCGUCAACCUGCACUCGAACGCGACCGGCACCAUGCUGCCCUCCAGCGGCUCUGGCGCCGGCGGCAUCGCAGGCUCAGGCGCACCGGCAUCCUCGGCAGGCAGCUACUACUUUUCGAUCGGUAG